GGUGGAUCGACAGCGUAUGACGUCCGAUGAGCAAAUGGUCGAACCUUCGAGCGAAUAGAUCUUGAGAUCGUUUAAUGGGAUGUUAGUCUUGCUCCCACAGCGUUGCAUGCCUGACAUCGAACAUGAAGUCACCCCUCACGAGACAUCAUGAGAUGGAUGGCCUGUCUAGGAAACUAGCUCUAUUAUAUAGAUUGCAAGCUUUCCUUCUAAGCUUGUAAGCUUUUACUAGUAUACUCAACAUCUCACAUCGAAAAGCAAUCAAUUGAAUCAAAUCAAACAAGAUACCGACAUUGAACACACAAUCAACCAUCAUGUCUGCACACGGACACGGACUGCCCGACGAAGCUGUCAUGGAGGCUCACGACAUGAUGCAUCAUGCCGAGCAAGAAGAACACGAGCACGAAGCCGCCAUGAAGCGAGGAAUCACAGAUGACAUGGCCGAGGCCGAAUACGACCUAAUACACGGUGCCGAGGAGCGAGCGGCUCGGGACGAGAGGAGACGCAGGGGUUCAAUGACCAAGGUCAAGAGAACCAUAGAAAAACUCAUCCCCGGGAGACAUUGAAAUAUCUCGAAUGAUUCCUGUCGUCGCCAUAUCGACUACAGUGUUGUACAAUAUGUUAUCGCGGUUCGUUUGGAUGAUAUCCUAUGUUUCUCCAAGGUCUGGUCGCUGAACAUCUGGGAGGCCUUUCAAUAAUCUGUAUCAAAUAUGCCUCAAUC